CUAUUCUCAGAUUGAAGAUUGAGAAGUAUUAUAGCAAAGCUAGGCUUACUAUAUCGAGGACUGUACUUUUGGAAAAGCAUUAAAUUAGAUUCUUUACAAUAUUAAAAGCAUUUAUAUUUUCCCGUAUAAUUCAUAAACUGUAAUAUACUAAACAAAACGUUAUUGAUAGCUAAACAAUGAUUGGACACAUCACAGCGUUGUAUGCUUUGACCGCGGCAACAUUAGUCGCUGCUGGCCAAAACGAACUCGUGCAAUGCACUCCGGGUGAAUAUAAGAUCAUCGGAAAGGCCGACUGUACCGGCUACUACUUGUGUGUGUUCGGGAAUCCCGUGGAGAUGCCGCCUUGUCCUUCUGGCUCUGUGUUCAGCUCCAGCUCGAACGUUUGUGUUAAUAAAGGUUCUAUUUACGAUGACUGCAAGAAAACAACAGAUGGAAGUGGCAGCCACGUAACCGAAUCGCCCGAUCAAGGGCAUCUUAGCCCAGAGGAACGAUGUAACUUAUAUGGUGGCGUGUUCCCCCACCCCACGGAAUGUCAAGCCUUUUACAAUUGUAGUGUUCGUUACACAUCGAUACCCCGAUUAUAUGAACAGCACCUUGUUGAAUGCCGUUACCCCCAGCUGUUUAACACAGAGACCAAACAAUGUGACAAUUUUGAGAAUGUCAAAUGUGGAACCAGGACGGAGUUCAAGGAUGGCUGUCAAUACAAAUACAAAGUGUGCGGCGGUUCCCAUUGUAUGCCUUGUAACGAACGACUACCAAGCUGUGUGGAUAAAGGUGAUGGAAUUACCAUCCACCCAGGCAGACUAUGGACUCCGUUCUACGUCGUAUGUUACAAGGAGCGCACAAUCAAAACUGACCGAUGCAAACCUGACGUAGACGGCGCACAGUUCUUCCAUCCGGAAAAGAACGAAUGCGUUUCAUUGGAUAUGAUUCCUCGAGAACACGGGGGAAUGAUGCCUGAGUGCGGUACGAAAGUAGACGGGUUUUAUCUGGACGAUUUCGGACGAUGUGAUCGUUAUGUUCAUUGCCAGAGAGGGAAAUACAUUGGCACGAUCAAAUGUGCUGUUGGAGAAGUGUUCGAUGAUACGAGAGGCGGAUGUGUUCCGGAAGAGAAAGCGUGUGGACCCUGUGGGAAACUCGACCAUUGCUAAACAAGUUGCUUGCAUGAUGGUCGUGGUGAGAAUGAUAUAAAGAAGGACGAAGUCAGGAAUCGCCAAGACCAUCAUAAGCUUAUAUUUUCAUUUGGACGUAAUCAUGUUACGUAAGGUCUCGUGCUAAAUUGAACGUGAUAUUACUAACAGAUUAUUCCAAUGAGCCUUCAAAAUAUCUGCCAAAUUUUGAGCAUUAUUAGAUUGCAUCUUUAUGAGAAAAUUAUUAAUUCAACUAUUGAGUCCCGACGUUUAUGUAUAUUUUAUCAUGUAAAAUGAUUGUUUUAUAAGUUUGCCCGAAUGUAUCAAUCAUUAAAUGUGUGCUUCUUUAACUCUCUGAUAUUUAUAUUAGUUCGGAUAUAACCUUAAAUAACACCAUAUGUAUCAAUGUAUGCAGCAUGGACAAUGAGUCAAGUAAAGUGAAAGGUUAGCCAACAUUUAUCAGAUGGUGUAAAAAUCAGAACAGACUAAGAGAUUUAAAACACUAUAUGUUUUGAUACGAUGCAUAAUAAAAUCAUGAAAUAUAAACCAUUAUUUGAAAACAGAUUGUGUAAAAUCGUUAUAUUAUCAAUGAUUUUGCCAUGUGCAGUGAAUUUGGAAUCAAUGUAUUUUAUUUUUAAUAAAAAUGCGAAACUCG